AUGGAUGCCCAAUUCGUAUCUUCAUUGGAGGAAACUUUGAAACAGAGUUUAGUCCCAGACUCUGCUGUUAUUAAACAAGCUUCUAACAAGUUGGUUAAGGAAUUUUACCCAAACCCAGCUACCCUUCCAGCUUUACUUCAAAUCUACCAAACCACUGCCCAAGAUGAAUUAAAACAAUUAGCCUUGGUCGAAGCUAGAAAAUUGUCUUUAGAUAAAUGGAAGGAUGUUGACGCUUCCUUGAAACCAACUAUUAGAGAAUCCUUAUUGAAAGCCACUUUUGCUGAACAAAAUAAACGUCUUAGAAAUUUGUCUGCAUACCUUAUUGCUGCCAUUGCAGACACUGACUUAGAAAACCAAGAAUGGCAAGAUCUUUUGCCAACUUUGUUUACUGCUGUUCAAAGCACUGAUGUCCAAACUAGAGAAGUUGCCACUUUUAUUUUAUUCACCUUAUUGGAAUCCCAAUCAGUUGGUAUUAUCCCACACAUUGCUGAUUUGUUGGCAUUAUUCGGUACUUUAUUACGUGAUGCUUCUUCUAAAGAAGUUAGAAUCAAUUCCAUCACUUCAUUGGAUGUUCUUGCUCAAAUUAUUGAAGAAGAUCAAGAUGGUGCCAUGAAAUUAGCAGACAAUUUCAGAUCAACUAUUCCAAGCAUGAUUGAAGUUUUCAAGGAAGUCAUUAGUGGUGAUGACAUUGACCUGGCUAAAAAGGUUUUCAAUGUCUUCAAUAGUUUGGUCCUUGUUGAUACAAAAUUGGUUGGUGAUCACUUAAUUUCCAUGGUUCAAAUUAUCUCCGAAAUGGUUACCAACAAUCAAUUGGAUGAAGAAUACAGAGUUUUUGGUUUACAAUUCUUGAUUUCCUGUAUCAGUUACAGAAAAUCCAAGAUCUCUUCUAACAAAUUGGGUCCACAAAUCACUUUAGUUGCAUUGAAAGUUGCUUCUGGUGAAAUCGAUGUUGAAGAUGAAUUGGAAAACGAAGAUGAAGAAAAUGAAAAUGAAGAAAACAGUCCACCUUCUUUGGCUUUGAGAUUAUUGGCUGUCUUGGCUGGGGAAUUACCACCAUCACAAGUUGUCACUCCAUUGUUUGAAGCUUUACCUCAAAUGUUGGUUUCUUCUAAUCAAUUUGAAAGAAGAGCUGGUUUGUUGGCCAUCGGUGUUUGUUCUGCUGGUGCCCCAGACUACAUUUCCCUCCAAAUCCAAAAGAUUAUUCCAGCCCUUGUCAAUGGUUUGAAAGAUCCUGAACUCAUUGUUAAGGUCGCUGCUUUGAGAACUUUGACCCAAUUGACUUCUGAACUUCAAGAUAUUGUCACUGAUUAUCACGAACAAUUGUUGCCAUUGAUCAUUGAAAUUGUUGACUCUGCUUCCUCUGUUAUGGUUUACAAAUAUGCCACCUAUGCUUUGGAUGGUUUGAUUGAAUUCAUGAGUCACGAAGCUAUGGGUAAAUACAUUGAACCUUUGAUGCACAAAUUAUUCCACAUGUUGGGUCAAGCCAACUCUGUUUCUUUAAAAACUGCUAUUGUUUCUGCUAUUGGUUCAGCUGCUUUCGCUAGUGGUAAAGCUUUCACCCCAUACUUCCAAGGUUCUGUUCAACAAUUGGAACCAUUUAUUGCCAACUCUGCUUCUGUUGAAGGUUUGACUGAAGAUGAUGUUGAAUUAAGAGCUACUACCUUUGAAAAUAUUUCUACUAUGGCCAGAGCUGUUGGUUCUGAAACAUUUUCUGCUUAUGCCAAACCAUUGGUUGAAGCUGCUUACAAUUCAUUGAGUUCUGAACACUCUAGAAUUAGAGAAUCCGGUUUUGCAUUCAUUGCUAACAUGGCCAAGGUCUAUGGUGCUGAAUUUGCUGGUUUCUUGGAACAAAUUGUUCCCAAGAUUCUUGAAUGUUUGCAACAAGAAGAAAUCACUUUCAACUUUGAUCCAGAAACCGCUGAAUUUAAUGAAGAUGCUGAAGAUGAAGAUGCUGACCCACUUAGGGUUAACACCGGUAUCACCAUUGAAAAGGAAAUCGCUUCUGUUGCCUUGGGUGAAUUGGCUGUUGGUACUGGUAAAGAAUUCUUCAAAUAUGUUGAAUCUUCAUUCUCUGUUUUGGCUGAACAAGUUGAAAACUCUUACGGUAUGAGAGAUGCUGCCAUGAGUUGUUUAUUCAAAAUCACCAAAGCUAUGUUUGUUGCCGUGCAAGGUGAAGGAUUCAAAGCUCCAAUUGGUGUUCCAACUCAAUCAUAUGUUGAUGCAAACAUCUUGCAAUUGAUUCAAAAACUUAGAGAAAUCAGUGUUCCUCUUUUGGAAGAAGAAUUUGAAUCCAGUAUGGUUGCUUGUAUUUUGGAUGGUAUCUCCACUUCCCUUUACACUUUUGGUUCUAUUUUCAUUAUCGACAAUGCCAACAGCAGUGAUGCUUUGCGUAACUUGUGUGCCACUUUAAUGUCAUUAUUGAAGAAAGAGCAUACAUGUCAAAUCGAAGAUGAAGAAAUGCCACAAGAAGAAGAAGAUUCCUCUGAAACUGAGGUUUUGUUGAACGAAGCUACUUUAGAAGUUUUGAUUAACUUGUCUAUUGCAUUAAAGGGUGACUUUGUUGAAAUCUUCAGCUCAUUCAAAGACGUUAUCUUGGCUAAAUUCAACAGUAAAUCCAAACCUUUGAAGGUUGGUUCUAUUGGUGCUAUUGCUGAAAUGGUUGAAGGUAUGAAAGAAACUAAUCCAUACUCUGAAGAACUUUUGCAAGUUUUCACUGAUAAACUUGCUAAUGACAAAUCUAUUGAAGUCAAGGGUAAUGCUGCUUAUGGUAUCGGUUUAAUUGUUGAAUACAGUUCUGUUGAUCUUUCUGCCACUUAUCCACACAUUUUGGAAUUGUUGUUCCAUUUAUUGAACAAAGCUGAUAAACAAGCUAGUAACGUUGAUGAUGAAGAAGCUCAAGAAGUUGUCAACAGAUCAUACGCCAAUGCUUGUGGUUGUGUUUCUAGAAUGAUCUUGAAACACGAACAAGCUGUUCCAUUGGAACAUGUUCUUCCAGCCUUGUUGUCCCACUUACCAUUGAAAACUGGUCUUAAAGAAAAUAAACCAAUCUUUGAAGUUAUUAUUAAAUUGUACGGUUCUAAUAAUGAAUUAAUCAUCAAUGAAACUCAAAAGAUUGUUGAAAUCUUUGCUGGUGUAUUCAAAGCUGAAGCCGAAAGAAUUAAAUUGGCUAACGAAUCUACCUUGGGUAGAGAAGAAAACAUUGAUACUUUGAAACAAUUUGCAAACGAUGACUUGAAGAACAAGAUUAUUGAAUUGUUGAAACAUUUAGAACAAAGAUUUGUUGGGGUAGUAUCUUCAAAUGAAGUUUUAAAGUCAGUCAUUGCUUAA